CACAACAUUGAGGAAGACGGAAGUAAAAAUGCACAUUUAAUUUUCCAAUUUUGAAGUGGAUUUUUUGCCAAUAGUCACGACUAACAAACAAUCACGCUAUAACAGUGCCUAGAGCUAUACACUGAUUUUAUUUAGCAUAGGAUAAAGUACAUCUUAAUUUACUAUCGAGGAUGUUACUCACUUCAUAAACUCUGUAAAAGUUUCAAACUUUUGACAUGGCAAAGCCAAUGCCAAACUUGAAUGAGAGUCUUUUAAAGGAUGCAAAUUACGUAAAGCGUGCACAAACCAAAGUUUCGUGGUACCAUGGAGAGAUAAGAAGAACUGAGGCAGAACGAAGAUUGAAAAAGGAUGGACAUGCAAAAAAUGGUUUAUUCCUUAUAAGGGACAGUUCCCAUAGCGAUGAGGAUUUUGUGUUGUCCCUGAUGUACAAUGGGGAACCAGCUCAUUUCCAAAUACAACGGACUGGGGAUGCGUUUUAUUGCAUUGAUGAGGGACCAAUCAUUCAUGGUUUAGAUGACCUGGUAGAUCAUUAUAAUGCUGAUGCUGAUGGUCUGCCCACCAACCUACAAGAGAUAUGUAUGGGAACACCACCCCCAGAACAUGCUAGGAGAUUUGGUGUCACCAACUACUUACAUAGAGCAAUACGGAAAGGCAAUGAAAUGGAGAUAAAGAAGAUAUUAGGUUCAGCCUCCUGUCCUGACAUUAAUGCCAAAUCAAAGACAGGCAGCACUGCUCUACAUCAGACCAGUGAGGUUGGGAUGGAUGACAUCAUCAGAAUACUUAUAGACAACAAGGCUGAUGUUAAUGCAAAGGAUGCUGAUGGUUGUACUUCUGUUCAGAGAGCAGCUCAAAAUGGUCAUGAUUCUACAAUCCAACUUCUGGUGACUUAUGGGGGAGCUGACCCACAUGAUCGCUGCACUGUGAAUGGAUACUCAGCGCUUCAUUUCACCGCAGAAUGUGGCGACCUCAAAUGCAUGAAAAUGCUUCUCUCAUUGGGAGCCCCAUGCCAGCCUAGAGAUGACAAUUGCUGCACUCCUUACACAGUUGCCAUUCAAAAUGGGAAAAAACAAUGUGCCAAAUAUUUAGAGCAAUAUACAACACCCCCUGCCAUGACAAGUCAAGCAGACUGGCUCCAUACAGCUAUAGAUAGACAUGGAGCCUUGUCUCUUCUGCAAAGUUACAACUUUGAGCGUGGUUUAUUUCUUGUAAGAAAAAGCUCUCGUAAUCCACAGUGGUAUGUACUUGCUAUAAGUGAUGGAAAUGGUCCCUAUAACUAUGAAAUACGCUGGCACGAAAAUCACUGGUAUUACAUAGAUGAAGGGCCAUACUUAGACUCACUAGAACACGUAGUUGAACACUAUUGUCUCAGGAAAGAUGGCCUUCCAUGCAGAAUAACUACAGCAAUAUCUCCAGAUGGCAAGACAAAAGAAAUCAUUGUGAAAAGCAAAUUUAACUCUGACAAAUUAACAGCAAAAAAUAGCACAACAAAAAGUCAUCCUGUGCAAAUCCCACCAAAACCUGUUGUUCACUUGCAGCGAGGGUCGCCAUCUAUUCCAACUAUGCAAGCGCCCCCUAUCCCACAAGAGGCAUAUAUGAAAUCUGAUACUCUUCAUGUUCAUAAUGUUGAAAAUGUGACAUUAAAAAUAAUCAAAGCUUCAGAUAUAACAUUAGGCCAUGAGCUGGGGCAGGGAGAGUUUGGAUCUGUAUUGAGGGGUACUUGGAAGAGCCCCAAGGGUGAACGUAUUGCAGUUGCAGUGAAGACUCUACAUGAACACUGUGUACAGGCUGGUACAGAAGAGUUCAAGAGAGAGGCCAGUGUGAUGAUGGGAUUGGAUCACCCUUGUAUUGUGCAGCUGAUAGGUCUAUGUCUGGGGCCUCCUAUGAUGCUGGUUCAAGAACUCGUCACCAAGGGCUCCUUACUGGACUUCCUUCUGGACUAUCCUGAAAAGAUUAAUGUUGAAACUGACCUAUAUCUUUGGGGGGCACAAAUAGCCUGUGGAAUGAUGUAUCUGGAGCGUAAACGUUUUGUGCACCGAGACCUGGCAACUAGAAACAUAUUGUUGGUGUCUAAGCAACAGGCCAAAAUAAGUGAUUUUGGACUCUCCCGUGCAAUUGGAACAGGAAGUGACUACUACAAGGCAUCUGCUGGGGGGAGAUGGCCAGUCAAAUGGUACGCCCCUGAAUCUGUGAAUUAUGGAACAUUUUCACAUGCGAGUGAUGUAUGGAGCUAUGGUGUUACUUUAUGGGAAAUGUUCAGCUUCGGAGAGCAGCCUUAUGGAGAUAGAACUGGUGCUCAGGUGAUACAAAUGAUUGAACAAGGUGGACGUCUACAUAGGCCCAAGAAAUGUCUCCCUAAAGUGUAUGAGUUAAUGAUGAGGUGUUGGUCGUACAAACCCUCAGACAGACCCACAUUCCAAGAGCUUAACAGUCAUUUCAGCUCUGAGCCGGAGUAUGAAUCAACCAGAGAUUUAGUGUUUGGCAGAUAAACAGUUAUUUUACAAUUGAACAAUGCCAUUGAAAGUGCAGGUUCUUAACCUCAACUGGACAGUAUAG